AGGGAAGACUAAAAUGUGAAGGGCUUGGAGGACUGCAAGGCUGGCCAUCAACUGCUUAGAAGUGGGAUGCUUGGGCUAUUCUCAGAAGUGGGGAGCUGCCUGGACCUACUGCUCUUAGCUCCAGGGGUCAUGACACUGGUGAGGGGGUUGCUGCUGAUGCUGGCCAUCAAUAUAGACAUGGCCCAGAAGAAUCUGGAAGAGGUGCCAGUACAGCCAGACUUUGAUGUGCAUAAGGUAGAAGGACGUUGGCUUACCAUCCAGCUGGCCACUAGCCUCAGGCACCUGGUCUUGCCCACUGACCCUCUGAGACUUUCUCUCCAUUCCAUUUGGACCAGAGACAGUGGGGAUGUGGACUUUGUGCUGUUUGAGAUAGGAGAGGGGAUUUGCGCAGGAUUAAAUGUCACUGUCCAUCCAACUGGGCUCCAAGGCCAGUACCAAGGAACCAUUGAGGGGGGCAGCAUGCACGUCCACUUCAUCAGCACUGACUACAACAACCUCAUUCUUUUUGUACGCUUUGAGGACUACGAAGUCAUCAACCUGUGGGCACUUCUGGCUAGAAGAAUGGAUGAAGACCCUACAUGGUUGGAGAAAUACCUGGUGUUUGUAGACAGAUUCCACCUUCAAAAGGCCCCCAUCUUCAACACAGCUGGCCAGUGUUCCGAGAUGUGGCUUAGAUGAGGCCAUGGCUUGAGACUUCCCACAUGCCCAACCCCCCCAUCUCCCACUGUUUCAGCUUUCCUUCCUUUUUCUCACCAUGGCCCAACAGCUCUGGACGUCCCUCUACACCUCCUAGGGGCCUGACACCUGGAGCCCAGAGCUAACCCCUGCCUGCUUGGUCUUGCCUCAUCCCCUUCCUCUCUGCAGUAACCAAGUCCCAUCAAAAAGUUCAUACGGACUGCCAAAGUUCCCAGCCUGGCCUGUGGCUGAAGGAACAUUCAGGAGGCUUAUGAGCUAUGAGUUUGAAAGAAGGUGAGCAAAUCUAGGUGCUCUGACAGAAAACUCCUGUUCUUGGGCACAGAGAUUUUCACAUGUGGGAUGAAGAGUUGCCCAGGGCAGGGUGCUUGCCCAGCACACUCAAGACCUGGCCUCCAACCACCUUUGGUAACAAGCAAAAAACCCAACUAGAAUACAUACAGGCCUGGCAUUCCUAUGUGACCUUCAAUAUUUGGGGGAGCAUGACCCUCACUCUGUAAUAAAUAAAGCCUGGGAAAGCGAAGCAGCUGUUUUAUAUACUUCUCUGUAAAAGGGCCAGACAGCCAAGGAAUCCAGGAUAAACCAGACAUGCCCUGAAAAAAGUAAGACUU